UAUGCACCACAUGUCUUUUGCUUUUCACAUUUUUCCGUCUAAAUUUGUCUUAUUUUUAUGCGAAUCACGCAGUUUUUGCCCAAAUAAACUUUCUCAGAGUAUUCAGAAUGUUGCGUUCUAAGACAUUUGUGAAAAAAACAAGGAAAGGGGGCAUUCUGAAGAUAGUUAGAGAGCAUUAUCUGAGAGAUGAUAUUUGGUGUGGAUUGGAAAUAUGUGAAGGAUGCCAGCAAGAAAGAGAUAGACAAAUACUUGUUGCAAAGCCUGAAAACAUUAGCAGUGCUGUGAAAGAUUCUCACUACUUGUUGCCUGAUACCAAUGUUGUUCUUCAUCAGAUUGAUGUUUUAGAAGACGAGGCCUUCAAGAAUGUGAUUAUCCUUCAGACAGUGAUUGAAGAAGUUCGUCACAGAAGUGCUCCAAUUUAUAAAAGACUGAAAGACCUCAUUGAUAACACAGACAGGCAUUUUAGUGUAUUCGUCAAUGAAUUCCACAGGGAGACGUAUGUAGAAAGAGAGCCAAGAGAAUCCACCAAUGACCGCAAUGACCGAGCGAUACGACGAUGUGUGUCAUGGUACAAGGAACAUUUAUCAGCAAUUAGUUCUGAUGCUGCAACGGUAGUUUUACUGACAAACGAUGCAGACAACAAAGAAAAGGCCUGUAAAGAGGGCCUCAUUGCAUUUACAGUGCAUGAAUAUGUCAACAGCCUGGUCGGAUGCACAGACGUCAAGGAUCGCCUUGCUGCCUCUGAUGCUGGGAAAAAAAGCUUCGCCGACAAAGUUCUAUACCCUGAACAUUUGACCCUGAGUGCCAUCCAAAGGGGAAUAAAAUCAGGGAAAUAUUUCCAAGGAUCGUUCAUGGCGAGCCGGGAGAAUUAUCUGGAGGCUAAUGUCAGCGUUGCGGAGAAGGAUGAAAUGGUUUUCAUCCAAGGAUCACAGAAUCUGAAUCGUGCCGUACAGGAUGACAUUGUAGCGAUCGAGAUGCUGCCAGAAUCCGAAUGGAGUUGUCCCUCAUCCAUGAUGAUGGAGGACCGUAAUGAUGAUGAGCAGGAAGAUGUCACUGAUAAGGACAAAGAACUAAAAAAGAAGGCUCCAAAGGUCCCAAAAAUGAAGCUUCCCAGUGGCCGAAUUGUUGGGAUCAUUAAGAGGAAAUGGCGGCAGUACUGUGGGAUACUACAGCCUUCACCCAUCAAGGAGGCGUUGCAUCACCUAUUCCGGGCAGCUGAGAGGCGCAUCCCAAAGAUUCGUAUCCAGACAAGGCAGGCGGCUGCUUUGACUGGGAUGAGGAUUGUGGUGGCCAUUGAUUCUUGGCCGAGGAAUUCGCGAUACCCCCAGGGUCACUUUGUGAGAAAACUUGGAGAAAUUGGUGACAAAGACACGGAAAACGAAGUACUGCUCCUCGAGCACGAUAUACCUCAUUCAGAUUUCUCCGAGGCUGUCAAGAGCUUCCUUCCGAAGCUGCCUUGGGUGAUCAGUGAUGAGGAGAGAGAGAAGCGUCUGGAUCUUCGUGACUUGUAUAUUUGUAGCGUAGAUCCUCCCGGGUGCACAGAUAUUGAUGAUGCCCUUCAUUGUCGAGAGUUGGAAAAUGGCAACUUUGAGGUUGGUGUUCAUAUCGCUGACGUGUCACACUUCAUCCGACCAGGGAAUGCGAUGGAUCAAGAGGCCAUGAGCAGAGGCACCACUGUGUAUCUUUGUGAUAAGAGAAUUGAUAUGGUACCGGAGUUGCUGAGUUCAAAUCUUUGUUCACUCAGAUGUGAUGGUGAGAGAUUUGCCUUUUCCACCAUCUGGGAGAUGACGCCUGAUGCAGACAUUGUUAAUGUCAAGUUUGCCAAAAGUGUGAUUCACUCCAAGGCGUCACUGACGUAUGCUGAAGCCCAGUUACUCAUUGAUGAUGAGAGGAAGAAGGACCCCCUGACUUGCGGUCUCAGAGGCCUCAACCGACUUGCUAAGGUGCUCAAGAGGAAACGAAUUGAAAACGGUGCCUUGACGCUAGCCUCUCCCGAGAUCAGGUUUGAGGUGGACAGUGAAACCCAUGAUCCUAUUGAUGUACAAGCUAAGCAACUGAGGGAUACCAAUUCCAUGGUGGAGGAGUUCAUGUUGUUAGCCAACAUCUCAACGGCCGAGAAGACGUUGGCAGAAUUUCCUGAUUGUGCCAUCCUGCGACGCCAUCCAGCACCACCAAUAUCAAACUUUGAACCAGUUAUCAAAGCUGCCGCGUUGAAGGGCUUCACCUUGAAAUGUGAAACCGGGAAAGAACUGGCCGAUUCCUUGAACGCUGCAAACAUUCCCGACAAUCCAUACUUCAACACGCUACUGCGAAUAAUGACCACGCGGUGUAUGAUGCAGGCUGUGUAUUUCAGCAGCGGGAUGCUGACCAGGGAGGAGUAUGGCCAUUACGGUCUGGCAACGCCUAUCUAUACCCAUUUUACAUCACCAAUUCGAAGGUAUUCCGACAUCAUAGUUCAUCGUCUGCUUGCUGUUGCUAUUGGUGCUGAUUCGUCCUAUCCUGAUCUGUUGGACAAACGCAAGACGCAGACCUGCUGUAAUAAUUUGAAUUAUCGUCACAAGAUGGCGCAGUAUGCUGGCAGAGCUUCGACAGGGCUUCACACACAGCUGUUCUUCAAGAAGAGAGUGCAAGAUGAGGAGGCCUAUAUUCUGUUUGUGAGAAAGAAUGCCAUACAAAUUAUCAUUCCAAAAUAUGGCUUAGAAGGCACCAUAUUCUUGGACCAGUGUAAAGUGCCUUUCGUUUACAAUGAAGAUGAGGCUUGUCAGACGGCAACCAAUGGUGUCAAACUUCAAGUGUUUGAUCCAGUCACAGUUCAAGUCAGUAUUGACAGGCAGAAUGUCCAACAUCAGAAGCUAUGCAGCAAGCUCGUAAAACCAGAGAUUCCCGGCCUUAGUGUUCCACCAGUGAGUGAAAAGUCCAGUGAGGAUGAACCUCCCACAAAAAAGCAGAAGAUCUAACAUGUCUCAUGUAGGUUCCGUUGUUAGGCACAUGAAAUGUUUUUCAUGGAUGCGAGAGACAAUUACACGUAGCUCUGUAUCGAGAGACUCUUUGAGAAUAUUAGAGAAAGUGUUUGUGAAUUGUUCUGUCAAUACAUAUUAUUGAUAAGUGCAAAAUUAUGUUAAUUAAGGAAGUUAAUAAAGUAUA